UGAUUACAUUUAAGAUUAACGUACAUGUGACUGCAACUGCAAAGAUAACAGUGUUUCGAAUGGGUGCUGAGGGACAAGAUGACAUUGAAAUGGCUAUCCUCACUGCGUUACUGAAAGGAACAAAUGCAUCAGCUCCAGAUCAGCUGAGCUUGGCUCUGGCUUGGAAUAGAGUGGAUAUAGCACGCAACCAAAUCUUUGUGUAUGGACACAAUCUACCACCUGCAAGCGCCCUUGCUGCCAUCUCCACCAGCGCAGCACCAUCUCAUGAAAAGCAGAAGGGAGCCACUCAACGUAACAAAGGAAAGGCUAGAGGAAAAAAAGGCAAAGGAGGCAAAGCCAAACCAGAACAACCAGAGGAAACUGACCCUAGAAAGAUAGAAUUACUGAACUGGGUGAACUCCCUCGAGCAAGCCAUGAUUGACGCUUUGGUUCUGGACAGAGUGGAUUUUGUCAAGCUCCUGCUAGAAAAUGGUGUAAACAUUCACCAUUUUCUAACCAUUCCUCGAUUAGAGGAGUUAUACAACACUAAACUUGGUCCUGCCAACACUCUACAUAUUGUCGUAAGAGAUGUUAAAAAGGGGAAUCUCCCACCAGAUUACCAAAUCACAUUGAUCGACAUUGGACUGGUGGUGGAGUACCUGAUGGGGGGAGCCUAUCGCUGUAACUACACAAGGAAAAACUUCCGAGCACUUUAUAACAAUCUUUAUGGACUAAAGAGGCCUAAAGCCCUAAAGCUGCUUGGAAUGGAGGAUGACGAGCCAAGGCCAAAAGGCAAGAAGAAGCAAAAGAAGAAGAAAGAAGAAGAGGAGGACAUUGAUGUGGAUGACCCAGAGGUUAGCCGCUUCCAUUAUCCAUUCCACGAGCUGAUGAUCUGGGCAGUGCUGAUGAAAAGGCAGAAGAUGGCUCUGUUCCUGUGGCAGAGGGGCGAGGAGGGUAUGGCUAAAGCUCUGGUGGCCUGUAAGCUCCUCAAAGCCAUGGCUCAUGAGUCGUCUCAGAGUGAGAUGGUGGAUGACAUAUCCCAGGAUCUCGAUAACAACUCUAAGGAGUUUGGAACCUUGGCCUAUGAGUUGCUGGAUCAGUCCUACAAACAUGAUGAGCAGCUAGCCAUGAAACUGUUGACUUACGAGUUAAAGAAUUGGAGCAACUCUACCUGUUUGAAGUUGGCCGUGGCUGCCAAGCACAGAGACUUCAUAGCCCACACCUGUAGCCAGAUGCUCCUCACUGACAUGUGGAUGGGCAGCCUGAGGAUGGGUAAAAACCCAGGUCUGAAGGUUAUUCUCAGCCUCAUUUUCCCACCUUUUAUUCUGCUGUUGGAUUUCCGUCUGGGUGAUGAUGUGUCUCUUCAAGUCACUGCAGAUAGUGAAGACAGGAAGACCAAGGACGAUGAUAAGUCUGUCCGGGAUGCCAAUGCAGACACAGCCUCUAAGAAAGGAGAUGAGGAGGAAGGUAAUAAGAAAAUGAGACGGAUUCCUAUUGGAACGAAGAUCUAUGAGUUCUACAAUGCCCCUUUCACCAAAUUUUGGUUCAAUACUAUUUCCUACCUUGGCUAUCUCAUGCUGUACAAUUACAUAGUACUGGUGAAGAUGGAGCGUUGGCCAUCCUUACAAGAGUGGAUCGUUAUUUCAUACAUCAUCACUUUGGGGUUGGAGAAAGUUAGACAGAUUUUGAUGUCAGAACCAGGCAAGCUUAAGCAAAAGAUAAACGUGUGGUUGGAAGAGUACUGGAACAUUACAGACCUGGUGGCCAUCUCGACCUUCUUGCUUGGCCUCCUACUCAGGCUGCAAAGUGAACCCUACAUGGGCUAUGGCCGUGUGAUCUACUGCGUGGACAUUAUCUUCUGGUAUAUCCGCGUACUGGACAUAUUUGGAGUCAACAAGUACCUAGGACCCUACGUCAUGAUGAUUGGGAAAAUGAUGAUUGACAUGCUGUACUUUGUGGUGAUCAUGUUGGUGGUCCUGAUGAGUUUCGGCGUGGCACGGCAGGCUAUCCUCCACCCAGACGAGGAGCCCACAUGGCGCUUAGCUCGCAAUAUCUUCUACAUGCCUUAUUGGAUGAUCUAUGGAGAGGUGUUUGCAGAUUCGAUAGACCUUUAUGCAAUGGAAAUAAACCCCCCCUGUGGAGAAAACUUAUAUGAUGAGGAUGGGAAAAAGCUUCCACCCUGCAUCCCGGGAGCCUGGUUGACUCCAGCCAUCAUGGCCUGUUAUUUGUUAGUGGCCAACAUCCUGCUUGUGAAUUUGCUCAUUGCUGUCUUCAACAACACAUUCUUUGAGGUUAAGUCCAUUUCGAACCAGGUGUGGAAGUUUCAGAGAUAUCAGCUCAUCAUGACCUUCCACGACAGGCCUGUGCUGCCUCCACCACUGAUUAUUUUUAGCCACCUCUACAUCCUUAUUCGCAAACUCUGCUGCCGCUGUAACAAGAAAAAGGAGGGAGAACUGGAUGAAAAGGAUAAAGGAUUGAAGCUUAUUCUUACCCCGGAAGAGCUGAAGAUGCUGUAUGAGUUUGAGGAGCAAUGUGUGGAGGAAUAUUUCAGGGAGAAAGAAGAUGAGCAACAGUCCUCAAAUGAUGAGCGCAUCAGAGUUACAAAUGAAAGGGUGGAGAACAUGUCCAUGCGCCUUGAGGAGGUGAAUGAGAGGGAGAACACAAUGAAGGCUUCCCUUCAGACAGUGGACCUUCGUUUGUCCCAGCUAGAGGACAUUAAUGGCCGUAUGGUGAAUGCCUUGGAAAGACUGGUGGGAAUCGACCACUCUGAACUCACCCGGACACGCUCAUCGGCCUCCUCUAUUUGUGACCCCUCCUCUCUCCAACGUCACAGUAGCAUCAACAGUGCUGAUGGGUACAGCCUCUACCGCUAUUACCUGGGUGUUGAUGACCGUCCACCUGAAGAGAAAGAGGCAGAUCUGAGUAAAACAAUAAGCACUACAAACCUCAACACAAAGGAAUAUGGCCAGAAUCUAGAGGUGGAUAUUCCAGGGGUAAAAAGACGCCUUGGCUCAUGUGUGGACAUUCGAAUCUUCCCUUGUGAUAAGGAAGUCGAGGUUGAAGGGACAAAGCCAGAAUCAACAAAAUCUACCAUUCCAGACGACCAGAAUUCUUCAGAUCGAGCCACAGUGAAAGAAGCCUUGAUGAUGGAGAGAGCAAAACUUCAGGCCACUACCUCCUACCCUCUAGACAGGGUGAAAGCUUUUAAAUACUAUCCUAAAGAAAUACAAAGCACAUCCCCGUCCACUGUAAGAAGGUAUUGGAGCACAACCUCAUUUGAUCAAGUAUGUAGAAGAGAACAAAAUCAAGAAGGAGAAGGAAUGGGUGGGUCUCCAGCUACAAGACGUUGGAGUGCUGGCUACGAGAACAAGGUAAACCCUAGUCUGUUUGGUCAGAUGCCAAAGGUAUCAAUGGUAAGACCCUUGGUAGACCAGGUUGACCAAUUUAGCAACAGUUUUAAGGUAGACCAACAUUCUGACCUGCCUGAGCAAAAAAUGCUAAGAGUUUCUUCUAGACGCAGUAUAGAUGAGAUGGGAAUGCAAAACGGGGAGAAGACAAUGGACAGGUCGGGUGGAUCGGUGAAUCAUGAACGGCGUCAGUCAUUUAUUGAAGAUGGGAUAAGAAAGGGUGAAGAGCUACACUCAGUGGGAAAGAUUGGAAGACAGGCAUCACUUGAAGUAAAUCGGGUAUAUCAAGAAGAAGGGAGUGACAAUGUGGACAAAUGCCUGAAAGAUACUGAGCAGGACGUGACAAAGGAACCAGAUGAUCCUGAAGGAGGUCUUGGAAAGGAGGAGAGUUCAGAGAAGCAAGACAGAGAGCAAACAGAGGAUGUACCAACAAGUGUAAGUCCCUUUGAUUCUGAAGUCCAAGCUGAUGGUAGCCACCUGUUUCUGCCAGAAGACACAAUGUUCCUCCCUGGAAGAUCUAAGAGCUGGUCCACAAAAACCUUGCAAGUCCUUAGGAAACAGUUUGAAAAGAGCCCACGGAUCAAGCAGUGAAAGAGACCUUGCUGGAACAUUUGGGGACUCUUUUGAUGAUCCAGGUAAACCAGCACAGAGGACAACAGACGAUGCACCAUCAAACAAACUGUGACCAGACACUCCAGAGGGAGGCCAGUAAGAACAGAAAUUCAACAGACAAGAAUGACACACACAUUCAAUUUUGUAUAUUCACUUAUAUCACUAUAUACUUACAAUAUGCACUCAGGUGUCAUGAUCAAGUUAACCGAGUAGUAAAUCUCUGAAGCCGUA